AUGAAGCUCCAGUACAUCAUCCCCGCCCUUUCCCUGGUCACUUUCGCCGCCGCCGGCGACUACAAAGCGAGCUGCGACGUCCUCGAUCUCAGCAACAACCAAUACCUGAACGCCCAAUGUGGUGGUCCCAACGGCAAGCUGCGCACCAUCCUCGACCUUAACAAGUGCAUUGGUGUGAACCCCGACGGUACUAUGUUGCCUUUGGCCGAUGGCAAAUACGCCAAGCGCUGCCAGCUCUGCGGUCUGUCCGACAGCAGUGUCAUGACCUGUAACUGUCUGGACGGGGGCGACAAGACCCAAGUAGUCAGCAUUGAUCUGAAUGACCUUGUCUCCAACGUCGACGGAUACCUUCACUGCGACCUGAGCGGUGAGGAUGGCGAGUGCAUCAAGCAGUGGAGUGAUGAUAUCGAGUGUCCUUAG